AUGGAACCUCUGCCAUCCUCUCCAGUCUCCGAAAACAAGGAGACCUUGCUGAGGGAGAAGGAAUUACCUCAGAAUUCGCUUCAGGUAUCUCUCAGCUCCCCUGUGCAUUGGUUCCGAAUGCUUGCAAAGGAGAUGCACUGGAGCUUCGUGUACGGCAUUGUCGCUGUGAACGGGAUCAGCCAAGGCCUGGGCGGCGCCAUCUUCCGGGUGGCCUCGGACUACUACUGGAAGGAUGUUCAGCAGGCGCAGCCCUCGGCGGCCCAGGUGUACCAGGGGAUCACCUCACUUCCAUGGAUUGUGAAGCCUUUGUGGGGCCUUCUCACUGAUAUUCUCCCAGUGGCUGGUUAUAAGAGAAGGCCUUACUUUAUUUUAGCAGGUCUUUUGGGAGCCAUCUCAAUGCUUAUAAUGUGGUUGCAAAAUGGGAUGUGCACGGUGCUUGGUUUGUUGUUGCUGACUGCAGGGAGUGCAGGAGUGGCCAUAGCAGAUGUGACUAUUGAUGCUUGUGUUGCACAAAAUAGCAUAAAUCACCCUUCAUUGGCUGCUGAUAUGCAAAGCUUGUGUGGGUUUAGUUCAUCUAUUGGAGGUCUUAUUGGGUUCUCUAUAAGUGGCCUACUUAUGCAUGCCAUAGGUUCUAAGGGGGUUCUUGGCUUGUUGAGCAUCCCAGCUGCAUUGGUACUGUCAGUCGGAAUGGUGCUGAAAGAACUACAUGUGCCUAAUUUUGCGUAUAGACAAAUUUAUCAGAAGCUACUGCAAGCAAAUCGCACCGUGUGGGCAACAUUAAAAUGUUCUGAAGUUUGGCGGCCAUGCGUCUACAUGUUCACAUCACUUGCUUUGAACCUGAACAUCCAAGAAGGAAUGUUCUAUUGGUACACAGAUUCAGAAUCUGGCCCAUCCUUCUCUCAGGGAACCAUUAGCUUCAUUUAUUCCAUCGGCUCCGUGGGUUCACUGCUUGGUGUCUUGCUCUACCAAAACUUUCUAAAGGAUUAUUCCUUCCAUGGGUUGCUCUUUUGGAGCCAAUUACUUUCAAGUUUCACAGGAAUGCUGGAUUUAGUUUUGGUGCUACGUCUGAACUUGAAGUUUGGCAUGCCGAACCAUCUAUUUGCUGUGUUUGAUGAGAGUGUUUCUCAGAUGAUUGGGCGCAUCAAAUGGAUGCCUCUCCUUGUGCUCAGCUCCAAGCUAUGUCCCUGUGGAAUUGAAGGCACCUUCUUUGCUUUGCUUAUGUCGAUCGAUCAUGCCGGCAUGCUCGCAUCGUCAUGGGGUGGUGGCUUACUCCUUCAAGUCUUAAAGGUUUCUCGAUCAGAAUUUAGCAAUCUCUGGGUUGCCAUCUUGAUCCGUAGCUUGUUAAGAGUGGUGCCACUUGCUUUGUUGUAUCUGGUGCCUAAGAGCAAUCAACAUUCUGUUAUUCUUCCUGCUUAUGUCUUCAUGAAAAAUGGGGUCUCAGAAGCAGUUGAAGCAGGAGGCGAUGAUGUCGAACGGGCCUCACUUCAUGAAGAUACCUAACGGCUUCAACUUUGUCUAUCAGAUACCAUUGUGAAACUUUCAACAGAACACUUAUUUAGAAUCUAAGCUCAGAAGUGAAGAUUAGUUCUUUCCCAUGCUCUUCACAACAAUUUGGCAAGCACGUUAGAAAGUAUUAUGACUGCGUUCGGUUCAUUUCAGCAGCUCGCAGAGAAAAGAGUUUGCAGCUCAAUACAAGAAUCUUGGGAUUCACUAUAUGCCAAGGAUUCACCAUAUGCCUAGAUGCUCUGAAAGAACGGAUUUGGUCUGGAUUGGUUAAAUGCAUCCUAUAAGCUUGUAUGUUAACCUGUUAAGCUUUGGAGGCUUAUAUGCAGCCAGGCCCACAUUACUUAGGCUUGGGCUACUUUCUCUAUUCAUUUUAGUGUCUUUUUAAA